GAUGACAGCAUCGAAGAAUUAAUCGCCAGUGUAAGUGGACUAAGUUCCAAUGACAACACGCCUCAAAAGCCACGUCUACCAGCAGUUAAAAGACCCAAAGAGGACGCCCAGAGGUCACCCGCAAAGCAGAAGCUAUUUGAUGAAGAGUACGUAAUCAUUCUUUUAUUGAUGUAAUAGAGUGUUGGGUUUAGGUGAAUGGUUUUCUGUUUUGAUAAAAAUGUGCACAGAAUGGAAUACAAAAAACUAAUUAGUUAUAAACGUCAAGGGAGUAAAAACAGGGAAAUUCCCUCGAGAUCAUUACAAGUGCACAUGAAAAUAAACGUCUCUUUUGUUGUUUGGGAGGGGUAGACUAGAUGGCGGCAUGCAGAUGUGUUAGUGGGGGUUAUUAUGAUACGAUAUGAAAAUAGCCGUGGUGUUUUAUCAAAAGUCUAUGCUUCUUAAGCAGUUUUCUUCCUGAAGCGUUAACGACCUUUUGCAUUUAUUGGUAGAGAUAGCGAUAGCAAUGGGGACAUCAGCGUUUUAAGAAAGGGACGUAGACUGUAUGCCAACCAAGACGAAAUUGACAAACUCAAGCCAGUUCAGGUGAAGAAGGUUCCUCUGGCUCCUCAAGGUCCUGUAAAGUAUGAAGUGCAAUACAAUGAUGCGGACCCUUUGUCAGUGGUUGUAGACAACUGGAAGUGGGGUAGAGCACAACCAUGCAAAAGAGCGGGAUUUUGCAAGGGUGGUAGAAGGACGCUUCAAUUGUGUCUCGGUUCGCUAGAAUGCGCAAACAAGAAGUGCGCAUAUUUAAAAAUUCAUAAGUCUCCAAACAAAGUCGAUUUUAAUCGAUCAAAACGUUGCGUUCACUGUCACAGUGAAGCCAUUAAAAAGCAUUGUUCAGCAAGAAAAUAUGUUGAAAACGACCGGUGCCACAAAAAAAUGACAGUAAUCUACUUACAGGAACACGAUUGCUCUCCAAAGCAAGAAGAAGAUAAGCCGUCUAAAGAGGAAGUAGAAAACAUUCUCCGUAUAAAACCUACUAAAUCAGCAGGUCAACUACAGUUGGACGUUGUACGCGAGGCCUUACUUAGUGGUAAAGAAGUAGACGAGGUGAACGAGAUAGCUUUAAGAUACAGCAACAAAAAACAUCUUCAGUAUAUACAGAGUACCAUUAACAAGAAAAAGAGACCUGGAGGAUCGGAGAUAGAAGCUGUUCAAUUGCUUAAGGACGAUUUUCUUGCCAGGAAAUUAGAUGAAAACUUAAUUAUGUGUGUUGGCGACGAUUAUGUCAUUCUUUCGUCUGAGCAUAAGGUGCGAUUAGGUGCACUCAUUACUCUUGGCAUUGUUGACGAACCAGUAAGCCUCGAUGGCUGUGAAAGCCGCGCGCAACACUACACAGAAAUUGAGAUGACCACUUACGACCCCAUCUUGAGACGCAAUGUCAAAUUAGUCAGUAUGUUUGCAGCCAAACCAGGUGAAAAUUCAGAUAACGUAAAAAAAAUGGUGCAGUCUUUUGAUGCGGCCGUUAACAAUGUUCUCCCAAAAGUGGCUGGCCAAUAUAAUGUAGAUAAUGAAGACGUCUUAGGACGGGGAUUAGAUCCAAAAUCAUACGUCGGUGAUGAAGGUGGUGCUCUGUGGCGUGGUCUCUGCUUGGUAAAGGGGGAAGACGUAAAAAACAAGACCAUUUCAGACUUUUUCCAUUUCAAACAAGACAUCAACCGUAAUUCCGUUUAUUUUGGCGACCAAAAAAGUAAAAAGGAAUUCAAAUCAAUCAUGAUGGAUGCGUAUAAUUCUCCUACCUCUUUGCAGGCAGUAGAUGCGGAAAAAAAGACUUGUAAAACUUAUUGA